CCAGAUGAAACUCAGAACUUCCAGCGUUCUUUAAAAAUAAAAUCGUAUUUCAAUAAUGUUCUCCUUUUCAUUAUUUCAGAAUUUCACCAUAUAGUAUAUUCAACCAAAGGCAGCUAGAAAUCUUAAGUACUGAGAAAACUUCAUCCAGGUGUAUAUCGAUAUUCUGCCCUCAAAAGUUGGAUUAUCUCAAAAGGGAGUAAAUAAGUUCAUAUAUUCAAAACAGCUGUGUAGUAUUCAUUUCAUGGAAACCUGAUUGUAAUCCUGUGUGUCUAACUCCUCUCGAUUGCUGAUAAAAAUGGGCGCAACUGCUUCGACUGGCGGUUACCCAAUGCCGGCGGCCUCAAGCAGCAAUAGUGGAGGUGGAGGUAGCUCUAGCCUGCUGUUGCCUUCUUCAGCUGCACUAGCAACCAGUGUUUCUGGAAGCAGUGGUGGUGGUCCAGGUAGCAGCUCCUCUGUCAUGGGUGCCGCAGGUGCUGGUGUUCCUCAUUUCCGGGAGCAGCGUCGAAAGCGAGUGACUGGCUUUGCCACACUGAAGCGGAAAUUCAUACGUCGGCGACGCUCUUCAAAAGCCUGUGAUCAUGCGCGUGUACUUCGCGAUUUCGUAUCCGACUGGACCCCGCUCGAGCUAGCAGCGUUAUGUGAGGAAUAUGAAGCGUUGGCCGCUCUAAGAGAUCUAUCGGUGCAAGCGGAGCUGGCGCGUCCUCCUGCAACAACAUUCAAGCAGGAUUUAGCCGCAAUUUACGAUUUGAAAACUUGCACUGACUGUGAUCUUGUGUUUCGCGGCUCUAUUUUUCCGGUACAUCGGUCGAUAUUAUCUUCGCGCUGUUCGUAUUUCAGAGAUUUACUGGCGGGCUGUCCGGGUUUCGGUGCCCGCAUUUGUUUAGAAUUGCCAACAUCGCCCAUAGAUGUUCAGCUGUUCUCAUCGUUAUUGCGUUACCUGUACACGGGUGAUCUAUGUCCACAUGACCCCUCUAUGGAUAUUAGUUUACUGCGGCAGCUGGGAGAUGACUUUGGCACGCCGAAUCCGUUGGAGCAUGACUUGCGGUAUUUGCUCGAAACCGGGGAUUAUGCUGAUGCGGCGUUGGUGUUCACAGCAGAAGGCACCGAUUAUCAUCGGCCAGAUUCAGGAAGUUCCGAGUACGGAUUUCGACCGAAACUCGAAUUACCUUGCCACAAGGCAAUCCUUAGCGCCCGGUCGCCCUUCUUUCGGAAUCUCAUAGCACGUCGUACGCGCAAUAUUGACGAGUACACAGAGCGAGCAUUGCAUGUGCCCACUCGAAUCGUACUUGAUGAGACAGUGAUACCAAAACGAUAUGCGCGAGUGCUAUUGCAUGCCAUUUACCUGGACACAGUCGAUCUGACGUUAAUAUUACGUGGCGCAGGGUCGGGAAAUUCGGCGGGAUCACUGGGCGAGGUGCACGCUUUGACGAAUACGGGACGUGCGCGACCCACGCCCUUAGAGGAGGCUAUGGAACUGUAUCAGAUUGGAAGGUUUCUCGAAUUAGACAUUCUAGCGCAAGGUUGCGAGGAUCUGAUACUUGAGUGGUUAACGUUGGAUACACUACCGACGGUGCUUAAGUGGGGAUCUCAGCCACACGGUUCCGCUUGGGUGUAUCGGCAAGCGUGCCAGUACCUUCGGGAGGAGUUUUCUGCAGUAAUCGCUUCACCGGUGCUACAUCAACUGGACAAGUCCCAGCUGAUACACGUACUGCAGAGUAAUUUUUUGCAAGCAUCAGAGUUGGAGGUGCUGCAGGCUGUGCUUAAAUGGGGAGAACAAGAACUUAUAAGGCGUAUGGAAGAUCGUGAACCAAAUAUUUUGUCACACACAGCGCAUUCAGUGACGAGAAAAGGCGUGAAAAAGCGCGACCUAAGUGACGUUGAGUUACGGGAGAUUCUCUCCGAGUUGCUGCCAUUAGUUCGUAUGGAUCACGUUUUGCCGCCCAAUAGUGAAGUGCUCGCACAAGCUAUUCGUCGGGGGCUUGUGAGUACGCCACCUUCUCAUAUGAUCGGUGACGACCGGGAAAAUUUGCGAGUCAACGCUUGGAUACGUGGGGGAAAGAACCAAGGCCUGUUUGUUCGGCCGCGGCUUUUCAUGCCGUACUUUGAAGAAGUAAAGGUAUUGCUUGAAGAUCGAAUGGCGUCAUCUCAACAUCAAGCGGAGCUGAUGCGCAUGCGGCGAUCACGCCACUUGCCCGACAUUCCCGACACUUUGUACAUGGUAUCUCGCAUAAACGCAGCGGCAAAACCUAGUGUAUCCACUGCGGCGGCUGUAACUGGGAAAGAAAGCGUAAAUAUUUUGGCCGCAGCUGCCGCCAUACCGCCGCCUGACACACAAACGUUAGCAGCUUUGCUCAAACGCGAGCACAAAUUGCACCAGUCGCCCAUGUGCCAACGUGCUUUGCUGCUGCCGCUUUCAUCAAAACAUGAAAUUGAUCGACAGAUACGUCUCCGUGUAGUGCGCGAAUUCAAUUUACCGGAUGCGGUGUCAGACCUGCUAGAGACAUCACUGUUAAGCAAUCAGAAUGCGGCAGCUGCGUCCGCAUCCGUCGCAACUACUAUAGCUGACGACAUUGGCAUCACUUCCACCACUCAAACUGAUCCCGAUCUCAUCGAAGACGAUGACCAAACGCCUCCUCCUUCUCCCGCCGCUGCAUGCUCUGUGCCACGACUAACUACGACUGGCGGCUUUCUCUCGACAUCGAUGGGAUCGUCGGCUGCUUCAUCUACCUGUGGAGGCGAAGGUAUACAACCAUGCUAUAGCCGAAAUUUAACUUUCCCCCGACAACAUCCAGGCGGUUUAUUGGGUUUGGGCAGCAGCGUUGGAGGAGGCAUGCCAACAAAUGUGGCUAAUGGCGGCGGUGGUGCUCUACAAGCAAAUUACGCGCGUCUUUCAGCUUCAGUACAUCAUCGUAGCGAUUUACCCGCACUGAUCACAGAAGGUGACUAUCGCUUUCCGCAUGGCAGUGCGCUGGGGAUCGAUGUUGGUGCCGAGGGGGGUGGGGGAGCGGUUGCUUGUGGCGAGGGGGGUAACGGUGGACAUUUGUCGGAUAUGAUGCCCGAUGUAGCGAUGGCAACGGCAUCGUUAGGCCAGUUGCAUUUGGCGAACAACACCAAUAACGGCAACAACGGGGACCUACACGAAAGUCUGCAACUAGAUUUGGGAGAUGGGCCGAGUCAUAUAAUGGGAGGAGGAGCACCUGGCGCUGCUGGACCUCUGGGAUUGCGUGGUUUGCAGCACCCACUACCACCUAGCAACUAUCACCACUUUAUGCAGCGCUCGAAUUCACCAUUUGACAUGUUGCGUCAAGGUCAACAUUCGCCAGCACCACAUCCCCCUCCUGGGACCUACAAUUCCGGACCGCCCAGAUUCUUAUAGAGUUUGCGAGUGGCCCCCGAUCAGGGCCUUUAUUUUAGCAUGCCUUUUUGAGGAACAAAUGCAAGUUAAACCAAAAAUAAGGUUUGCGGGCUUCGACUCACAGCGAUGAAUCUAAGCAGAAGCCCAGGCCAAAUCCCCUGACAAAUUUAAUUGCGACUGGGGCAUUGUAUGUUAUUGCACUCAAAAUUUAAAUAAAAGCUAAAAUAAGAGGCACGAUACAAAUGAAGUGGAAGAAAAGAAAACUUAAACGACAAACUCGCACACAACAUAAUAAGUUAAGGUAACGAAGAAGCGAACGGUAGAAAAGGAAGUGAACAGCCACAAGGUGCUGCACUAUUGUAAAGUAAUGUAAAAUGCGGAUGAGUUCAGUAAACUAAAGAAAUAUCUAAUUAAAAAAAAAAAAAA